AUGACGACGACCACUCAAGAUGAACAUCUUCUUUUUUCUAUUGAUCGCGAUCUACUCUACUUGAAUGCUGAAGAACAACAAUCUCACCAUCUUGGACUGAUGACCUUAAAGGAACAAAAACAACUUACUAACAUGAUCAAAAAGGCUCAUCGACAUAUUAGAAAAAUUACUACCACGUUAGAGAAUCCACCUCCAGUUAAUAUAUCUUCCUCUAUUUCAACAGCAACAUCCACUCAUCCAUCAUCAAUAUCUGAUUUUUUUCAACAAAAGCAUACCAAAAAACUUUAUAUUAAAUUGAAAGCAAUCAAGGAAAAAUAUUGGGAAAUUUUGGAACAACAACAAAUUCGACAAUUGGAAAAUGAUAUGGAAAGAUAUCAAUUAUUACAAACCAUUCAUGGACUCAGUAGUAGAUUGGAUAGGUCAAGUCAGGUUUAUGAUGAUUUACAUCACCUUCAUCAUGCACUUUCUUCAUUACGUACGGAAUGGAAAUUAGAUCGUAUUCAACAUAUUGUUACAACACUUGCGCAACCAUCCACUUGUUCCUCGACAUCACCACCUUCCACUAUCUCAGAACAUCAUGGACAUCGUUGGUAUCCAUUGAUCAUUAGUAAUAAUAAAAAGAAGAGAAAAGCGAAUUUAUCAUCAUCAUCAUCAUCUUCAACAGCAGCAGCACAAGGAACAGCAACAGUACCGUCAUCUCAACCUAGUCUAACAAAAACUCAUUUUGGAUUAUUCAAUCAUGUUAAAAACUGGUUUCGAAAACAACGACAUUCUAUACUUUUGGGUCAUUCAAGUGAAACAGCAAGCUCAGCAGAUAAGGCAACAACAAUAACAGCAACAACAACAACAACUAUUGAUGAAUCACGUCGUCGACAUCGACCUCAGUCACAUCCUCAUUUAUUUUGUUCUAGUCAAGAAGAAUGCAACAUCAAGGUGGUUCAACUUGUACAAGAUUUUCAAAACGUGUUUGAAGAAAAUGCGCGCCAAAAUGAAGAACGGAUGCAUCAUCUCUAUGCACGAGUAUUCCAACCUGACAUCGAUCCUUUGUUGGCCGAAGAUAUUCAGCGUCUUUGUUUGGCCGUUAGUACCGCACCUCCACCAAGCUUGGCCUCGUUGAUGCAACCUGGUUUGUCUUCUAGUUGUUCUUGGACUGUUUGUGUUACGACUGGUCAAACUUCUUUUCUGGUUCCGGCUGACAACAACAACAAAAAGAAUUUGUACGAACAUAUGAUUUAUCGAAUGGAUAUACAACAAUCAUCCUCUUUUUUUUCAAAGAAGAAAACAAGGAAUGAAAAGAAUAACAUAUCAUCGAAACAAGAUAAAGAGGAUGAAGGAACAACCGAUCAACAGGAACAACAAAUGUGGUCAAUUUGUUUGGGAUUAUUAUCAGAACAUUUACUUGGAGUUGGACAACAAUAUUAUACAAGGUGGAUGCAAGAAAUCAGAACGGCACAACAACAACAAACUGCACCUUUUCAAGUAGCAACAGAAACGCUGGCGUCUAUGUAUCAAGCUUUACAAAUUGAACAAGGUUAUGCGAUCCUGUCUCGACUUUGUACUCAUUUGGAAUCGUCUGCAACCUUAUAG